ACUGUGGAGACGCCGAGGGGGUGGGGGGACUCUUCAUCACAACAACUCAAACCAAAGGAGGGAAGCCAUAUCCAGCUCAAGACGCUGAAUGGAGCCUUUACUUUUUCAACUUUAUCUGUCAUUUCUACACAGUGAAGGACCGGAAGUGAAACAACUUAAAUGACAACUGAAGUUAUCCGUGCAUUUUUGAUACCUAGGGCAAAGUGCCACACCUUCGCUUAGCGCAACAGACGUGACCACAUUCGGACGAGAAGUUGGAGCUAGCUAGCUUGGUUGCUCCACAACACAGCUGGCCAAAUGGGUUGCCAAUGCUGCAGGAUGAUCAAAAGCUACAUCUAUGACCCCUCUGUGGCGGUGGAUGUGAGGAAGACUGACUCCGCAGGCGCCUCGCUCUACCAGCCCCAAUACCUCUCAGAUGCGGCCCCCAGCAACGACCCGCUCAGCAGCCACAACAAGCAGAAGCAGGGCUUCCGCAACAUGGGCUACAGCAAGUCCAACGACAGCACACUAAAACUAGAGGUGGACAACAACCAUGUCAACCGCAGGCUGCACGCCGCACCCUCAGCCAAUGAGGUGCACAGGCAGGGGAGCGAACCACUUCCAGAGGUGUACAUCAUCCAGCCAGAAGCUCUGGCACCGAGAUGGGGGAUGCAGGAAAAAGGCCCGAGCCAGGUGCCCAUUUACCCCAACAUAAACAAGUACGAGAACCAGACAAGUUAUGGUGAGCAGGAUCACCGUGCGACAGCGAUUGGGUGGGACAGCUCCAUCACUCAGUGUGUGACUGGCAACGAAAGCCUGUCAGCGGACGAGGUGGACGAGGGCGUGGGAGGGACGCCCGAGUAUCUGUGCGACACGGGCGACGAGGGUAGCGUCCUGUCAGUGGACAUCCACACCAGCACCACCAGCCUGUCCUCAGCAGACACCAGGGACGAGCUCAGACUGCCAAAGACUCUGGACGUUUCCACUGUUGAAAGCGGGAUCUCGGUGAUGAAGAGCGAGGAUGAAGAGGAGGCGAGGGACAAGAAGGAGGAGGUGCAGAGCGUCACAGACUCGAUGGUGGCGGAGGCUCUUGCUGCUUUGGAGGCCGCCACCGCUGGGGAGGACUGUGAGUGACAGACCUCUGCGCUGCCUCUUGCUCGUCACCUAAAAACUUGUGACUUGAUGGAGCAUUCAAAACCACCAUGAAACUUUGCCACGGUUCUGAACAACACCCCUUUUGUUUGGAACAAAUGAAGGAAAACUGUGUUUACAACAAAAAAGUACAGAUUUAUUUUUGAACUCAAAGUCUUGGAUAUUUUUUUAUUUUGCUCACACAGACAGAAGAUAAUGUCUGCCUUGUGAAGGAGGCGACUUUUCCAAUGCUGCAAGGUUUGUGUAAAGCCACAAAUGAAGAGACAUCAGUUUGUAGACUGUGACUAUCACCUUCGGUCUUAUCAACCCGUUAGCCCUUUUGAAUCUAGUGUAUUUAACACUCCACCGCCCUUAUAUGCCUGUACAAGCUCACACACUGCUUUGCCACGUCCAUACUUCCCUUGUACAGGUGCUAGUAAAAACAAACACGUUGCUUUUAUCACACUUUUGCCUCAUUUCGGGGCAAAGCUAUGCUUAUUGCUAGCAUAGAAUCAAUAUGUCCAUUGUGAACACACAGUCCUUGCCAUAGCUCCCUGUAUCUUCAGGAAUCUCACCCUCGUUUCACUGAGAGGGCGAAAAACAAAAGGUCAUCGCAUAUUUUUUAUACACUACCCAUGUUUUUUGUCUCUAUUGUGUCUUCUCUUGUUAUUUAUAAUAUCUUUACUCGCAUCGCUGUUGAUUUAUUGUGAGUAGAGACUGGACGUUGCUAUAGUCUGGAGCAGAGCAGUGAGAGAGGGAGGAUGAGAAGCGAUCCUUAUUUAUAGCUUAUUGUGUUGAUUUCAUCAGAAUAAAACAAAAUGAAUGAUGUAUGUAGAAAAUUAGUUUACACACUGUUCUUACAUCAUCAGACACAUGUACACUGACAAUUCUCACUGUUUAUUUUGUUAAUUCAUGUAAUUUAUCAGAAGAUCUAUGCACACUUGAAAUCUUGAGCAGGUUACCAAAGGAUAAAAAAGAAAACAUGUACAUGUCACUAAUAUCGCCUUAGUUUCUGCAGCCUUUCAACCUUAACCAAACUUUGAGCUUGACAAGAACAGCUAAGGCCAAAUCUUUGCUGAAUAAAGGGGCCAUCAAUUCACCCUA